UACUACAAAUAUCCGAACAGAACUUGAACUCAUCACAGCGCCUGAAUCCGACCUCCUGAAAAGACGGUUGAUGUCGGUGUUGUGACAAGUGCCUGCAAAUCUCCCCAUGGAGAACCCCGCAGAGGCCGAGGACCGUAAUCCCCACACCUUCUCCCAGGUGGUGUUCACUGACACCCCGUACUCAUACCCGCCUUCAAUCCCCGGCAUCACCUGCUGCUACACCCUCACUGCUGCCUUCCAGCCGAACACCAGGGACUGGGUGGGCAUUUUUAAGGUGGGGUGGAGCUCAACAAGGGAUUAUCAUACCUUUGUAUGGGUGGAGCCAUCUCUGGAUGUGGUAGGGCAAGAGUCUGCCAACAGGCAAGCUUAUUUUAAAGAGUACUACCUGCCUAAAGAUGAGGUCGAGUUCUACCAGUUCUGCUACGUGGACAGUACUGCUAAAGUGCGAGGAGCCAGCACUCCUUUCUGUUUCAGAAGUCCAGAGGAGCAAAGCAUGGAGGGCAUGGAUGAUGACCUCCUGGUUAUUACAACACAGGAGCAUUUGGAAAAGAGCGUACAGGAGAAAUCUAAUCUGCAGAAAGAGCUGGAUCAGAUAAGGAAAGAAAACAAAACCUUAAAAAAUGACCUACAGAAGGAACAGCAAGAAGCUGCCAGCUUAAAGGAGCAGAAUGAUCAGAAAGAGAAAGAAAUGAGUCAACUGGUCAAACAAAUGGAUCAAAUCAAGGGAGAAAAUGACAACUUACAGAGCACCUUACAGCAGCAGGUGAAAGAAACGGACAACGCAAAGGAGAUGUUGACCCAAAUGACAAAGCAGAUGGAGACGCAGCAACAUGAAGCCACCGUGCAGAAAGGACGUAGUCAAAGCCUGAGUUUGGAUGGAGAAUCAAAGCAAAAUGAGAAAUACAAUCGAGCCGUGAUAAAGAUCAACCAAAUGAAAGAGGAGCGCGAGGAGCUGAACAGGAAGAUCAAUGAUCAGAGUGCGGAGAUUUCCACGCUAGAAUCUAAACUCAGAGGAACUCAAAGGGAACUGUUAAAGUUGAAAGACACUGACCAGCUUCUCCAGGUUGACCUUCAGAGCAGUGAGAAAGAGAAGGAGAGGCUCUCUGUGGAGCUGCAAAAGAGGCAAAGCCUCACACACAACAUGGACGACCUGAAGAGGCAGAACCAGGAGUUGCACAAGAGGCUGUCGCAGCAGGAGACUCUGCAGAACUGUCCCGAGGACAAUCUAAGGGAGAAGUGUCAGACUCUGGCCAGCCAGCUACAGGAAGUUCAGCUGCAGCUCGUGUCCGAGAGAGAGGAAGCCAAAAAAAGUGUGAGACAAUCUGAGUUUCUGGAGAAAGAUCUACUGGAAGUCAGGGAACAGUCGGAGAAGAUUAUCAAAUCAUUGGAGAAGCAACAACGGAAAAGUGACAAAAUAGAGCUACAGCUCGCAAAUGCACAUGCAGCCAUCGCAGAUAUAGAGGGCAUUGUAGAGGACAAGGAAGAUAUGAUCCUGCUGCUAAGACACGAGAAAGAAGGGCUCCACAAAGAAAACCAGAGUCUUAAUAAUGAUAUCGAUGGGCUGCACAGAGUUUAUGACGAACUCCACUCAGUACCCCCCGCUGACUUACCGUCCAGGCAGCCUGAGAGCCCCCCACACGCUGCCUCUGCAUCACCCACCGACAACUGGCAGCCGCAGGAGGACACACCGGAAGUGCAUGUGUACGACACCAUAGAAAAUGCAUACACAGGAAGUGCUGAAGACACAGAGCAAGAGCAGGUGCUGGUGUGUCGUCACUGCCAGGAGAGCUUCCCCGGCAUAACCCAACACGAACUGGAGCAGCACGAGCAGAGUCACCGAUUUUGUCCCUACUGCACGUUGAUCUGUGACAACAUGGAGCAGGCGCUGUACGAAGAUCACGUCUACGGCCACGAGCUGUGAGAAACGGCUGGAGAAAGCAAACCUCUAACAAGAUGGGUGGUCAUGUGUAAAAGGACCAUGUUGAUAUUUUUUGCACACAUUUCCUGUUUAUCAACUUUACUAUAGAUCAUUUAUCAAAGCAUACUUACGCUUUCUGAAGGGUUCUUUCCAUUCGUUACUGUCCAUCAUGCAGAUAUAAGCAGCUGUUAAAGACAUGAAUCCUACCUGAUUUACAGCAUGUAAUCCAUCAUGUCCUCAUUUAUUUUGGGCAAAUGUUAAUGCACAUAAAAGUACACUUCUCCAGAACUGGGCAACAUUUGAAAUGUUUUGAUAACUGGUUUUCGUCUAUUAAUACCGGAAUCCCAAAGUUCUUAAAUAUUGAAUGCUGUCUAAGCAUAAAUCAGACAUGUUUUGCCUAAACAAAAGUCUUAACACUGGCGAGUAUUUUUCUCUAAGAUUUGUGACUUUAAAUUUCAAAAUAUAUUUAUCUUUACUUUAUUCUCAUGAAUAUACUUUUCUUUUAUCUCCGAUAAUAUUACUUUUUUUUUUACUUUGAAUCAUAUCUUAGGUGUUUUUUGCUUCAUAUAUUACUCUGAAAUUAUAAUUUAUAUAUAAUAUAAAGUCCCUAAUAUGCUAUUGUAAAAUUGACCCUUCAUUUUUGGAUUAAAUCUGAAAAUGUAUGAUUUUAAAUCCAUAACUUUUCCAUCAUAGAAGAAAUAAAUGUUAUGAUCACUAUGAUGUUUUGGACAUAGGGAGAUGAAAAAUAACUGAUGUUCGGAACCCAGCCCUUACAAACCUCCAUAAUAAAAAGGUAUAAACAUUAAAGUAGACAAUUGAAGGACUUUCAAACCUUUGAGAGGUGAUUUUCAUAUAUUGUACUAAAAUAAAUGACAACCAUUAUUUCCAUUUUUUUAAACCCAUGGUAUGCUUUGUCAAAUAAACAGCAGUAAGGUAUACAAGACUUUCUGUAAAAAAGGCAAAAACAUGCUUAAACAAUAGACUGUUCCAUUGGGUUGAAUAAAUCAUUAAAAUGUCAUUUUAAACUUCAUAUAUGUAUUCACCACAAUUCUAUAUUUACAGUAUAGCUUUGCACUUAUCUUUAAGAGAAAAUUGUUGAUCUAGUAUAACCGGAUCGUGCUGAUUGAAACAUUGUAUUCACCUUCUGUUGAUUUGAUUUUAAGCGUGUAUAUGACAGAAUGAGGUUGAGCGAUGUGAAUGUUUUGAAGGAUCAAUUCAAUUUAAUAAAGUGCAUUUGAAUAUUCUGCUGACGUAAUAAAAAACAAAUGGAAAAAAUG